UUACGUUCUGUUUUCAUGUGCGGUCGCAUAUGAAAUCAAAUAUUCUUUGCGAUAACUUUUGUUUGACUUCAAUCUAUGUAAAGUAAGUAAAUUGUUUCUCCGGUGUUCAUUCGAAAAACCUGAUUUACCAUAUCACGCAUAUUGCAUAACAUAAGUACUUCUUAUCUGCGUAUUCCGCAAAGGCAAACGCGAUAUCAACUUGAAGAAUUCCGUUUAUGCCUCAUGAUCACAUUCAUAAAUGUUUAGAAUCAAGGACCGUUGUAACUGUCACUUGUCAACUUUCUGUUCAUGCUAGGGCUCACAUUUGUGCUUAAGAAUCGGUACUAUGAUUUGGUUCAUUCAAAAUAUUGAAUGAUGAAUGACGAAAAUACAUGAGAAACCUCAUUGCCAGUCCAAGAAUGAUCUUUCUUUGGAGCGCAAUAGGUUACAUUCGAAUUCAAUGAUUUUCAUCGGCCAUCGCCAUCAUGAUCCUUAUUCCAACCAUUACUUCGCUUGCGGCUUUGACCUCUUCACUUUGUCUCUAUUUCGGACGGCUUGA